AUGCCACCCGCCAGAGUCGUUGGCACGCCUCGUGAUCAGCUCCCCAGCGAUCGCUUCGACAUUCUCGAGGAGAGAGUCGUGCAUAAACGCUACCUCACGCUGUAUGAUCGCGUCGUGCGGUACCCGGAGGGGAACGUGCACUCCUUCGACGUGGUCGGACACCCUGCUGCCGACUUCCACUUCUGCGUCGUCUUUGCAUUCCACCCCAGCCCCUCAGGCCGCCUGGCCGAUGGACAGGUGACGAUGCUGACCGAGUAUGCCCAGGGCCCCAACUGUAUCAUGCACUGCCUGCCGUCAGGCUCCUAUGACCCACAGAAGCAUACGUCGUGGGAGGCUUGCGCUCGAGCAGAGCUCUCAGAGGAGGCCCACCUCGAGGGCGGCACAUGGCACUGCCUACUGCCGGCUGGGCACGUGGGGGUGCCGGAGACCAAGUGGUGCGCCAACCGCUUCACGCCCUUCCUCUGCAUCGGGCCCCGGCCUGCCAUGCAGCCCAGGCCACGCGAUGCCGAGGAAAGCACCAUCCAGGUCCUGAGCGUCAGUGUCUCGAAGCUACGGGAGCUUAUGGGCGCAGGUACCAUGCUGCUGCCCUCCCUGGCAACCUGCCAGUGGGCCUUGACCCGGCUGGAGGCCGUGCACGCACCUUUGCCGGCAUGA